UCUCUUGUAUCCCUCAACAGUAAGCUGCCAAUCUCUAAUAGCCCACUCAUUAGCAAACUGCCAAUUCCUUCUCACAGGAAUCUUUUCUGUCCUUACUAUCCUUCUAUACAUCCCUCUCACAACUGUAACAUCUUUCCCACCCCUCUCUUCAGUGUUUUUCCAUCUCACUCACUGGCUUCUUUUCCAUGCUAUUCGAAACCUCCUUCCCAACCCUCUUACCAGCCUCGAGCUCACUUACCCCGAUCUACCUAUUUCACAGAUGAUCAUCCUGCCUACACUAUUACUUACCCCACCCUUCUCAGCUGGCCAUGCUGCUUCAGUUAACUCACUUUGACUCCGGUGAACAUAAUUUCACUGACAGUGGAGGUGACAAAGAGCUUCUCCCCAACGUUGUUAAACAUUACGUUUAAAAAUAUCCGGGCGACGUCUGAGUUCCGCAAUAUCCACGCUGCUGAGUGUUUAAAGAGGAAGAGAGCGAUGGAGUCUGAAGAAUCUCAGGGAGAGGUCAAUGUUUUAAGUUUGCUGUCAGAAGCAGCUAAUUGGACAGAUCAGGAAAGACUGCAAAAACUUCCUGAAACAUUACAGAUUGUCAAUAACUUUUUAGAAAUGACUCCGCCUGCUAAAAAGAGAGUGCAAGUCACUAGAUUUGUGUUUGGUUCCUUCCUGCCACAUCUUCCAGUUGAUAAGACUGCAUUUUGCCUUUUUAAUGUUGCUCUACCAUGCCUGAAGUCAGCAUUUGAUGACUUCCUGCAAGUUUGUGGAGGAGAAGCAGAAAAGAAUAUGGACAGAACCAUUGAGCUACUCCAAAAAUGCAGUUUGGUGACAGAAUGUUGUGAACUGGCAGUGCAGUUUUUGUUACAAGCAGAGGGAGUUGCUGUGGAAAAUGUUAGCAGCCUACCUGUAGUCCUAUUACAUAUCAUCAACCACACUUUUGACCACUGCAAAGACAGCGGAGAUAUUUAUGGCAGUCAUCUAGAACAUGUUAAGGAGUCCUUAUCAGCAUUAUUUCAUCAUGCUGUUGACCUCUCUACACAGUUUACUACUUUAUUGUCAAAACUUACCUUCAACUCCUUCUGUGAUGAUGAUUUGGAGGUUCUUUUACAAGUGUGUGAGCAGCUUUGUGUGACAGCAACCUCCUUGUCCCAGUUAUCUGAAAUUCGUUGCUGUGUAGUGGUGUGGCGUGCAUACACAAGUUUGGUUCAGCAUCAUCAUGGAGAAUUAGUUACACGCAUAGAUAUUUCUGUUCCAUUGACCCCUUUGGUGAAGGAGAUAAAAGAUGGACUUGACCUUAUAGCGUCUAUACCUGUCAAGAAUGUCACAAUGGCUGAAAAAGAUCAGAAAGUUGUUCAGCGAAUCAUCAAGAUGACAAGUUUCUGCUUGAAGGUGAUUAUUGCUUUGUGUGAAAAAUUCCGAGGGUACCUGAGAGGUUCACACUCGCUUCUGGUGUCACUUCUGUUACUAUUAUUCAGGUUUUCACCAAAUAACGUGACUCUGCAAUUGUACCCAGACAGCAUUAAGAAUGAUAUUGAACGACAAGCAACAAUUGGUAUAGAACCACUUCUGAUACAUCUCAGACGUGAUGAAGAAUUUAUUAAGAUGAUGUUCAAAAUGGAUCAAGAUGGAACAGAAAUUUUAGCUGAAGACUGGGGAAAUUAUCUGCUUUUGUUAUUGGCAGUGUGUGUCCCUCCCAGUACCAUAUCUGCCUUAUACAACAACACAUUCAUCACAAAGAUCUUCAUGGUUGUGAAAAAAUGUCAUGCAAGCUUCUCCUUUCCAUGUGUGAUGGACGGCGUGAUGUAUGGAGGACGACCUCGGUACAAAGUUGCCUUAUAUGAACACUUGCUGAUUCGCAUGUGUACUUUGGUGGCAACUCUAGAAAUUCAAAAUUUUGAAGCUUUGGAGCAGGUCCUUGUGCAGUGGCUGUUGAGUGGACAGACAUGGCCAGCACUCUUGGCUGCUGAUUUAUGGAGCUUUGUUGCAAGAUUUGGAACUAGUGAAUUGUGCAAGAAUCAUUGCACGGUGUUGAUGGAUGUGCUACCCCAAACUCCUCCAUCAUCCCACCAACGCCUUAUGACUGCUUCACUUUUAUCUCGGUUGCUUCCUAAACUUACUUCACAUCAUAGACAAGAGAUUAUCUCAAAUUUCAAGGAUACAGGGGAUAAUGUUAUAACUAGAUUUAUAAUAUUACAAGCUGGGAAUGAAGAUGGUACUCCAGAAACAAAUCUAAUAAAUGAUGUCGUAAAUACUUGCACUGAGAAAAUGAAUUUGUUUUUAGCAAGAUCUGCUUCAGAACAAACUGUAAUGAAAGUUGUUGAUGAACUUAAUUAUGUGGCUCCACUUUUGUUGAUCUUCACCAGUACAAAGAACAAAGAUACUGCUCCUCAUAUAGCAAAUUUUACCAGGAUUCUUACUCAGCUGUGGACCAGAAUACCAGAAGAUUACAUUGGAUGUUCAUUAGUGGACCUAAUGCUCUCGCAUCUCCUGAAAGCUACCACCUCUGUCUUAAGCUGCUUUUCCAACAGUCAACUCCUUCAGAUACUCUCCGUGUGCAAAGAAUGUUGUACUAAGGGGUCGCCUAUUGUGGGCGUUGCUCUCUGUGACUUAGUUGAAGCUCUUGGACACUGUCACUUCACUCAGUCCCUUGAGCACAGCAGUAUCCUCAGCCUUAUCUCAGAUGUGAUAUCACAAGUGUUGAAAAGUUCAAACCCUCUAGUUCAACAAUGUGCCCUUGAUGCAUUUGUUGCCUUUGGCCAGCACACAAUCCAUGAAGAAGUUCUGCCAAUGUGCCUGACAUAUUGUGAAAAAGAAUUACAGGAUCAGGUGACCAACUACUUGCAGCAGGAACCUCAUGUAUUACCAUCUGGUCAGUCAAGGAUGUCACUUUUCCAGCAGCAGAAUAUUACUAUUCUGGACAUACAGCUUCAAAAAGAUUUAAAACUAAUUGAAGACAUUACUACACCAGAGUUUCCACAGAUGCACAUGAAAGAGUCUUUAUCCCAGGAUUUGCCUAACCAGGAACAAAAACCAACCAAAAGACUUAGAGAAGAUGAGGAUCUUCCCCAAGAAGAAACACCUGAAUUAAAAAUAUUGUUAGAGUCUUUACAUUGCUCCUGUAAUAUGAUGAAAACUAUUAAUGUUACAAUAGAAGAGAGAGAUACAGUCAGAGCCAUCUUACAAGAAAUGAUGAACAUAUGGGAGAUGGUGUGAUGAAAAAAAUAUUAAUUUGUUACAAGUAUAGUGUAUAUUUUACAUAGAAAGGACACGUUAUGAAUUGUAAUACAGUAAUAAAAAGCAUACAAUAUUGCCUUUGAA